UGGCCUUGGAACAGCCAUCCUGUCACUAUCAAUUGUCUCACGAUGUUCAUACUCAAUGCCUCUCAAGACCCCCCCGAUGCCCUCAUAAAACUACUCGCCUUUCUCUGCUUUGGAAGUAUAUAAAGUGCCGCACCAACCAUCCCAGGCGGCCUCAACUCCUUCUUGUUCCGUGCUGUUUUUAAACUACUUCCAUAACGAAAAUCCUUCCUUCAUCGGUGUCUCCUUCUCCUCGUGCUUCUUGUUCUUGUUGAGGCGCUGAGAAAAAGGGAUGGUUGAUUCGUUCGACGAAGAGUGCGAUUACUUGUUCAAGGCCGUCUUGACUGGGGAUUCCGCCGUGGGGAAAUCAAAUCUCCUAUCGAGAUUUGCGAGGAACGAGUUCCAGUUGGAUUCGAAGCCCACGAUUGGAGUGGAAUUCGCAUACAGGAACGUCAAAGUUGGUGACAAGCUCAUCAAAGCCCAGAUAUGGGACACUGCAGGACAGGAAAGAUUUCGAGCCAUCACCAGUUCAUACUAUCGCGGAGCGCUGGGAGCGCUGCUGGUUUACGACAUCACUCGGCGGGUGACAUUCGAAAACGUGAAGAAAUGGCUGCGCGAGCUCAGAGACUUCGGGAAUCCCGACAUGGUGGUGGUCCUUGUUGGGAAUAAGUCCGACCUGAGCAGCUCUAGAGAAGUGGACCUGGAAGAAGGGAAGAGCUUUGCGGAGGCGGAGGAUCUGUGCUUCAUGGAAACUUCUGCUCUGGAGAAUCUAAAUGUCGAAGAAGCAUUCUUGGAGAUGAUCACCAAAAUCCACGAGAUCACAAGCCAGAAGAGCUUAGAAGCCAAGAACAAUGAAAUCACCAGUAGCCUUCAGGGUCCUAAGCAGAUCAUUCAGAUUGAUGAGGUCACUGCUACUAAAAAGCCAUACUGUUGCUCAAGUUGAUCAUAACCAUUGGACGGGUUUUCGACGAGUCAGUACCAGAUUUAUAGUUGUCUACUGACCAUAUUUUGAUUUUUUUUCCUGAAUUUGGGUCCAUCCAGCUCCCUUUUUGCGACUUAUUGUUCCUCUCCUUUUCUUUUCUUCCCUUCAUUUUUGAUGUACUGAUUCAGAUGAGAGAUGAAUGAAAUUUUGUUCUGUAAA